AUGACCGAGGAGAACUAUCGACCAAGAUCGCCCGACUUUUCUUCUCUUCCCCCUCAUACCGCCCAUCCUCCUCAUACCGCCAACGCCAACGCCAACGCCAACGUCGUCCACCCCACGCAACCGUACGCGCCACUGAGUCCACUGGCCCACCGCUCCUACGACGCCUCACCCUUCUUCAGCUCGUACCAGCGCCCUCCUUCGAGUCGCGUUCCUCAGCAGUACGUGCCUCCUUUCCAGCCGUUCGACGACAUGGCCCGUCGCUCAUCUCGCUUGCAGCCCGCGGACGCUCCUGUCCCCGAGGCACCCAUAACCAUGCCUACCGUCGCGCCUAUGUCCGAUGAUCUCCUCCAGACCCGGCCCGGCGCUGGGAUCGAGGUAAAGACCAAGUUCCCGGUGGCGCGCAUCAAGCGCAUCAUGCAGGCCGACGAGGAUGUCGGAAAGGUCGCGCAAGUGACCCCAAUCGCUGUCUCCAAGGCUCUGGAGCUCUUUAUGAUCUCCCUGGUCACCAAAGCAGCCCAAGAGGCCAAGGACCGCAACUCCAAGCGCGUCACCGCGAGUCAUCUGAAGCAGGCCGUCGCCAAGGAUGAGGUGCUAGAUUUCCUUGCCGACAUCAUCGCUAAGGUGCCUGAUCAACCCGCCGGUCGGAAACAUGAAGAUGAUGGCAGCGACCAGAACGAAGGGCGUCGCAAACGUGGCGGACGCCGCCCCAAGGAGGAGAGCGACUAA